CUGUCUGCAGGGGCCGGGGGUGUGGGACUGGAUGAGCCAGCUUCUCUCUUUGUCGUGCGUGUAGCAGAGGAAGCCUCUCAGUCCCUGGGCAGCCUUCUCUCUGAGCUGCUCUCUCGGAGGGAGAAAGAUCGUCCGGUGACCUGGACACCUACCCAGCUGCCACGAGACCACACAUCCCUGGGCCUGGAUCGAGAGAACUUGGAUGGAGUGGAUCAUUACCUCGUCAUUAGCAUAGUACUCUGGACUGUGUUGUUAUGAGCUCUGAAUAUCCUCGUUGACUUAUUCGAGAUAUCCGUCUGCGCAGGGCUUGAUCAGUGAACGGGACCUAUUUUCCGGGCUCGUUAUGAUCUUGUGAUUUAUGUGCACCUGCGACUGCUUCUUAAUGUGAAUCCUCUGGAUGAGACACUUGUAGGGAAGACAACAGUAGGUGUGAACAAGAGAUGGGAGCUGCCUUUAAGAGGUUCUGUGCUCGCUUCUGCUGCUGCUGUUGCUGUGACGAUGAUGAUGAAGAAGAGAAGCAGCCUAUCCUCAGUCAUGAUACUCUGGAAUAUUUUGAACGGGAGGCACAGAAGCGGCGUGACCAGGAGACUAACUUGUGGAGUGAGCCUGGCGACCCCAGCCACUCAGAGAGAGAUGACGACCGCUCGCUGUACAACCUGCUCCAGACCAGGGCCAAGACCCGCAGGGGCUCCCAUGGUUACCGGCGUCUGAGUGUGGACAUUGAGGCCAUGAGGGACAUGCGCCGAGAGGUCAGAGACAAAUGGAAGAUGAUCCUAGAGAACCUUGGUUUCAUGGCCGAGGCUGAGUCCUUGCUGACUGUGGCCACCAGCGCCUCGUUCGACCGCAUGCACAACGCCCCCGUGGCCCGCACUCUGCUGCACACGCUCCAUUCCGAGACGUCCAUCUUCAACAGCAGGGAGUCCCCACCAGAGAGAUACCUCUUCAUCCUGGAUCGUCUCAUAUACCUGGACGCCGCCGAGGACUUUGUGGCGAAGGCUCGGCGCUUCUACCCCAAGCGAGACGAGGACGACGAGGAAGAGGAGGAGACCGCCAUCAACCUCCCGAUGCUCCUGGCGAGGGUGAACCGUGCCAUGAACGGAGGCGGGGAGGACGACGAGACGCUCGACGAGGAAGACGGGAGCGGAAGAGAGGAGUAGGCCGAGCCACGAGAGCUGUGGCUUGUAAUGAUCCCAGGCAGAAAGAAGGGGGCAGUAGUUGUCAAUGUUUCAGCGUUGCAAUCAUAUUAUUCUUGUUCGUCAUCCAGCCAACUGCACCCACUUUAAGAGUCAUUCUAACUGUUUCAAAACGGCUUCCCCUGAAUGUUAAUGCUACAAGAUGUGGAUAUCAUUUCAUCAGCGAAAAUUGGAUCGGUAACACAUCAUCGAUUCGCUUGGCCUAACACUGUUUUAGUUACGUUUUAGAUAUGAUCUGUUGUUUGGGUCUACCACAAAGUGCUCUGUACCCUGCUCUCUGUUUAUUGUUUGUCUCCAUUCAUCCUGCAGGGCUUCGUUGUCCUAGGAGCACAAUCUUCUAAGCAAUUUGUCUCAUGAUUAUCAGCACUCCUUUGGUUUAGUCACAAGACCUGCUUGUUCUCUUUGAGAGCUCAGAUUGGAUAUACUACAUUACUUUUGUACAUGAUACAGAGGAAUGCACCAGACUGCAUUAGACUGAUCAUCAGCUCUCGUCAUAAAUGUUAAGUAGGAGGUUAACAAUGUUAUCACAGCACAGCCUAAAGCCAGUUGGAGGCCUGAGCAAGUGUAUAUGUAUGUGGUAGUGUUGGAGAACUGUAAGGAAAUCUUUUUCACAGUAAGAAGAUUGUGAGAGAUUUAUAAUGUUGUGGUGAGUGUCUGGGGAUACGGUAUGUUGUGGUGCAAAGCUGACAGAAAUAAAGUUGCAAACCUGAU